CAAGUUUGACUGGCACAGAAAAAAAUAAAUAUAUAAACGGGAGAACUGGCCUAUCGGCACCCUCGACACAGAAAUACACCCUUUUGUGAGCAGAUUACAGAGAGUGGAGGGGGGCUGAGGUUGGAUGCAGCCAGCGCGGGGAGCUGUGCGGAUCAGAGAGGAGGCACCGGGCGAAGAAGAGGAGCGCAGAGGAAGGACAAUGCUCUCACAUCGUCUCUGAGCCGAACAUGAUGCCGCAGAGCUCCGAGUCUAAUCACCGGUAGUGUUUCGAUCAUUGCCCUCCGUGUGUCGGAACCGGGCAGCGGCUCUCUUUCAGGGAUCAUUCGCUGAACACUGUGUCACGGUAUCGAGGACUGGAAGGUUUUUUUUCUUGUUUUGUUUUUUGUUUUUUUUUUCUUCCUCCAUCGAGUGAAUUUUGGAUGUGAGCGUCUUUUUGUUUGAUUAUUUGCCCGCCGCAUGAAUUCUCCCACCGGAUCCUCGCCGGUGUGUGCUGCUGCUGCUGCUGCUGCUGCUGCUGUCCUCCUCCUCCUCCUCCUCCUCCACCACCACCACCUCCUCCUCUUGCUCCUGCUCAGACGGCCCAUUCUCGCAGAGGGCACUACCCUCCUCCUCCUCCUCCUCCUCCUCGUCCUCCCUGCCGCUGCCGCUGCUGCUGCUGCCGCUAAAGACAUUUUGAUCGGCACCCCAACCACUUCCACCACCUCCUCCUCCUCCUCCUCCUCCUCCUCCUCCUCCUCAGUAACAUGUCGGGACAGUCUUUGACGGACCGGAUCGCCGCCGCGCAGCACAGCAUGACCGGGUCUGCCAUCAGCAAAGCCGUCUGCAAGGCCACGACGCACGAAGUCAGCGGACCCAAGAAGAAACACCUUGACUACCUGAUCCACUGCACCAAUGAGCUGAACGUCAGCAUCCCCCACCUGGCAGACACGCUGCUGGAGCGCACGGCCAGUAACAGCUGGAUCGUGGUUUUCAAAGCGCUCAUCACGACACACCACCUCAUGAUGUACGGCAACGAGAGAUUGAUGCAGUACCUUGCCUCCAGAAACACGCUCUUCAACCUCAACAACUUCCUCGAUAAGGCUGCACUACAAGGGUACAACAUGUCCACCUUCAUCAGACGCUACAGCCGCUACCUGAAUGAAAAAGCCAUGUCGUACAGACUAGCAGCCGUGGACUUCACCAAGAUGAAGCGAGGGGCUGAAGGUGUGAUGCGCACCAUGAACACAGACAAGCUGAUUAAGACUCUGCCCACCAUUCAGAACCAGCUGGACGCGCUGCUGGAUUUCCAGCCGAACUCUAACGAGCUGACCAACGGAGUGAUCAACACAGCAUUCAUGUUGCUGUUUAAAGACUCCAUACGGCUGUUUGCUGCCUACAACGAGGGGGUGAUCAACAUGCUGGAGAAAUACUUCGACAUGAAGAAGAACCAGUGCAAAGAAGCUCUGGAGAUCUACAAGACGUUCCUCAACAGGAUGACCAAACUGUCCGAGUUCCUCAAAGUGGCGGAGCGAGUUGGGAUAGAUCAGGGCGACAGCCCCGAUCUCACACAGGCUCCCAGCUCUCUCCUGGAGGCUCUGGAGCAGCAUCUAGCCUCUCUGGAGGGCCGGAAGCUGAAGGACCUCUCCACCGCCAGCAGAUCCAGCACCUUGUCCAGUGCAGUGUCCUCUCUCUCCAGCACUGGGAUCUCUCUCAGCCGUAUGGACGACAAGACGGACGACAACAGACUGCAGCAACACAAGGACGACGGUCAUAAAGUGAUCGACAUCCAGACGCCCAACGUGUCGCCCAGCGGCCAAUCAGUGGGCAGCGCCAACAGCAGCGGAGGGGCGACGGAUCUCUUCUCCAACUCACCCAUCGUACCCGUCAACAACCAUGUGCCAAACCUGACCAGUGAGCUGUUCACCCUGCAGCCCAACUUCACCCCCAUCCAGACCACACACACUGUGCCCAACAAUAACAAUGCCUGGGGAGGUGACCUGCUAAAGCCAGCCCCGCCCACUCAAAUUCACAGCCCUGGAGCCCCGUUGCACUCUGGGAAAAUGCUGCCCAAUGAUUUGGACUCUUCAUUAGCCAACCUCGUUGGCAACCUGCAGUUCGGAGGGACGCCAGCUAAAAAUGUGUGCAUCAGGCCGGAGCUCCAGUGGAGUCAGCUGGUGGAGAAGAAGCCAACAGGAGGAAGCGGCUGGCAGUCGAAGACGAUGUGCACCAGCACCAACUGGACUCACACCACCCAUCCCAUGGCACCUGCACCCAUGCCCGUCCCUCAGAUGAAUGGGAUGAUCUAUACUGGCUAUGCUCCAGCACCAGUGGCUUUUCCUAUGACGACACCCCAAGUGCCUGUGUAUGGAAUGCUCCCUCCUCAGAUGAGUCAUCAGAUGGGGGGCGUUCCCAUGAUGCCCCCACAGCCUGUCAUGUACAACCAGCCUGUCCUGAGACCCACCAAUCCUUUUGGGCCCAUCCCGGGGACACAGAUGCACUUCAUGUAGGGAUGAUGUGGUAACCAUGGCAGCAAAGCCGAGACGGAGAAGGCGAGAGGAAAGAGAUGGAGAGAGAAAGAGUCGAAGAAAACAAAUCCAGAACCAAAUCCAGCGCCGAAGGAAGAAAGAAGAGAGAGAGGGAAAAAAAAGGGAGGGGAGAGGAAGACGGAGAGAGGCCCAGAAGAAAUGCUGAUGUGUGUUUCCAUGCGAGGCCCGACGCUCUGAUCUCCUCUCCUCUCUCUCCACGAGGCUACUGAUCUCUCUGUCUUUGAAUCUGUAUAAUGCCGGAGCACCAGACGCUCCGCAUCAGUCCCACUCAUCCUCUGUUUGAUUUGCCAACUCAAACGGCGAUUACGACCUGUGAUGACGCUACGAAGACUUGACAGCUCGAUGGAAGUGCAGAUGGCACCUCCUCAACCACCUCAUCCCGAUUAUUUCCUGUACAAAAAAACAAACUUUCCUCUCCAUCCCACAAAUGAGUCAAACUCGGAGGUCACGCAUCUCUUUUCUCUGAUUGGAUUGUUUGCUGGCACUUUACUCAAUGUGAACUUUGCCAAGGGUGUAUGUGUGUCAGUGAUUUUAGCAUCUUGUUCAGAUUGGUUCCCUUGUGUUGUGUGUGUCAUCCAUCACCUGAUGUCAGAUGUAAUUGAUUUGAAUGCGUGUCCCCCUUUUUCUACAUUUCAGCGUGCUGCAUCGACAUUAACGUUUGAGUCUUUUUACGAGCUCCCGUUUGUUCUUAAUUGCCAACUUCACAUCAAGAAAUCCGGCGUGGAACGAUGAUUUUGUGUGUGUGUGUGUGUGUGUGUGGACGGACGUGGCUGUAUGUACUGUAUGUGUUUCUCUUUUGGUACCUGAUGUCAUCGCUGUGUUGCCAGGUACCGACGUGUUACUGCACUGGAACUAACUGAUGAAAGCACUGAGCCAGACCCAGGCAUCGCAUCUGGAUGUAAACCUCUUACACUGACUUUGCUACUUGGGGACGUGCUGUACACACUGUGUUCUUUUGUUUUUCUCCUCUACAGCUGUGCAAUAUCAUGCAACCUCGUCACUUGUCUUUUUUCCACCCAUCUGUAGGCUGUUUAGAAGCUUGUUUCCUGCUGUCGUGUCGUACUUCCUGUGUGUCUACAUCAGGUUUCUGUACAGAAUGCCGUUUUGUUUGUUUUUUUAGAAACAUGUUCUGUUAAACCCGUACUGCUCUAAAAGUAAUGAAAAAUGCACUGAGAGCCAGUAAGAGGAUAUUAGUAAGUGGGCAAUUUUCAGUCUAGCCAAUCAAGAAACGGUCCACGUCCCAACUGUUUCGGUGUCCUCCCUGUCCGGAGCAUUCGUCCUGUCCAAAGUUAGUCUCCCGUAAACAUGCAGCUUAUGUCUCACCCUUCGCUUGGAGGAUUUAAAGACAUGGCCGACAGAGGGAGGGAGUUUGUGAAUGUAGUGUUGACAUUCAUGGGCAGGACAGCUAAAGGUCAGCUGCGGGGAUUCAAACGAGGACCAGACUGUCGGAAAGCGACCGAGGGUUAAUGUCUGUCGAUCACGACUCUAGUAACGCCCCACAGUGGCGACGUACAGAUUAGUUCAGACAGCCAGACACGGAGGCUUUAAUGAGACGUUAAAUGUUAAUUGUGGCUUUUCUGGCGUAUCCAAGGUCAAGUUAGACCCACAGACAGGCGAUAUAUAUAUAUUAUAGCACAAACCUUUGAAGAGGGGACAAACGCUCUGCUGCACAAAAACCUAAAAUCAUUGCUGGGAUGUACAGUUGAAAGGGGCAAUAAUCGAUUGGGGAUGAAGUCGUUUUCUAUUGAUUGUGUCUGUUCUAUGUACAUGUACUGUAUGUGUGUUUGUGUGCACAUGCCUUCCCAUAGAGAUAAACAGGGUCAUGUUCCUCGGUUAAGAGAUGAAAGGUCUCUCGUGAGCUGGUAGCGUGUUCUAACUUAGCAGUGAGUGUAACUGUGUCCGUGUCUCAGUCUGUACAACCCAACAUCAAACUAAGGUGGCUCCAGGAUCACUCAUCUGCUGAAACCGCAAACAAAACAACAAGCCCCGAGUUGUCAUCGGACCUGGAGUCUCGAAGCCAAUCCUGAGGCGAAUCUCUCCAGAGAGCUGGAGCUGCACACGCCGCCAAUUCCAAAACAAAAUCGUCAAGAGAAUCUCGCCCGUGUUGGUGGCGUUAUCACUCACCCUUGAACUGUAACUGCUGGCUACGCAAAAACCAAUCUCCCCGCAGCUACGACUCUACUGCCAGCAGAGCGAGACUUCAGAGUUAGAAAUCGCUACCACGCAGGCAGAUAUUCUCCGACGUUACAGAUUAAGAGGCCAACUGACAUUUGGAUAUCUCCUUUGGAAAACUGUCGUUUCCACACUCCCCCAUUACUCGUCGUUCCAGUGGUUUGUCUUUCUCCGUCAGCCGAAUGCUCUUCUCAUCGUGCACUUCACUCCCACGACGCAGCUCGAUCCAUCCUGGGCCAACCUCUGACUGUUAAUGUGUCCUCUGUAUAUAGGUAAUGCCGUUCAUGUGUUUAUAGACGUGCUCUCUCUGUAAAGUGAUCGAAGCCCCAUUGGAUGACGUACUGUACGUGGGACAAUUUAUUGCUGUAUCUGUGUUUGAAUGGUUGUAUUUUGAAGGUGUCAUCAUCC